GUGGGAGGGGUCGUAUUUGGAAGAGGGCGUGGUCUCAACAUAGCCGCCCCCAGUCAUUCCACAUGCCACGCCCUAUGUGGGAGGAGUCGCAUGGGGGCGGGGUCUCAUAAAAGCCACGCCCACUAACUCCACAGGCAGUUUUAAAUAUAGGCGGGGUAAACAUUACAAAGCCACGCCCCUUUGGAGCCGUAUUAGGACUACGGCGGGGCGUCAAUCAACGGGCGAGAGUAAAAACGGGGAGUGGCUAAUAAAUAGCCACGCCUUCUUAAGGGUGGAGCUGCAUUGGGAAAGGUAGGGUCCGGCGCCAAACCACGCCCACUUUAAUAUACGUGGGCGGGGUUUCAUAAGGGGCGGGGCGAGAGGCAAAGCCGGGUGACCUCAGGCCUGGUAGUGCUGAGUCUCAGUCUAGCCUGCGAGGAUCCCCGCCUGGCGCCACAGGGCUCCCGAAGGAGGCGAAGGGAAGAAGAGGCGGGCCUAAGCCGAGGUUGCCAGGCAACGCCCUCCUGAUUGACUGAUUGCCUUGUGCAAGGAAGGAAGAGGAGGAGGGAACCGGUUUUCGGGGCCCAUUUGCCACCCUUGGGAGCCAGGAGGAGAAGGUGCCAUGCAGAGACAGACUAGUCUCCCUUUUUGUAGGACUGUGUAACCCAUCCAGGUGGAUCGCACCUGUACAAGUCACCUGUUCAGAAAGGAGACAUGGCGGAAUUGGGGGACACGGUCGUGACGCAGCAGGUGUGCCGAGCGGAGGAGAUGGCCGACGGGGAGAUACGCGAGGUGGACGUGGCCGGCUGGCCGGUGGUGCUGGUGAAAGAGGGGACGAGGUUCUGGGCAGUGGGGGGCCGCUGUCCCCAUGCAGGGGGGCUGCUCUCCAAAGGCUACCUGUCGCGGGGCCGGCUGCGCUGCCCUUGGCACGGGGCCUGCUUCAGCGUCCAGACGGGCGACAUCGAGGAGUUCCCCACCCUGGACUGCCUCCCGGCCUUCAAGGUGUCUGUGGACGAGGGCCAGGUCUACGUCACUGCAAAGCUGAAGGAUCUGGAACGCAGCCGGCGGCUCAAGCUGAUGAGCAAAAGGGACCCCCUUGACCCACGCACGGUGCUGCUCCUGGGGGCAGGUCCGGCAUCCCUGACCUGCGCGGAGACCCUUCGGCAAGAAGGCUUCUCCGGCCGGAUCGUCAUGGUCACUCGGGAAGGACACCUGCCCUACGACCGGACCAAGCUCAGCAAGGACAUUGGGGCCCAAGCUGAGGACAUCUUGCUGCGCCCACCGAGUUUCAUGGAGACGUACGGCAUCGAAGUCUGGAGGCAGAAAGAGGUGGUCUCCAUCAAUCCGGAUGACAAAGUGGCCCAGUUUAGCGAUGGGACGUCUCAGGGAUACGACAACCUGCUGAUAGCCACUGGAAGCAGGCCCCGUCUCCUGGGCUGUCCCGGCUGCGACCUGGAGGGAGUCUGCACCCUGCUGACCCCGGAGGACGGGGCCCGGAUCCUGCGCCUGGCCACCGGGAGGAAGGUGGCCAUCAUCGGGGGAUCCUUCAUUGGGAUGGAGUUGGCAUCCAGCCUGGCCGGGAAGGCCUCGGCCAUCCAGGUGGUGGAGAGGGGCCACGCUCCGUACCACGCGGUACUGGGCGGACAAGUGGGACAGGUGGCCAUGAAGAUGCUGCAAAGCCAAGGAGUAGAAUUCCACCUGGAAGCGGAAGUGGCGGAGCUCAAGGGCCAGGAAGGGAAGGUCACCCACGUCAUCCUGGGCAGUGGGCACAAGAUCCCAGCGGACGUGGUGGUGGUGGGCAUUGGUGUCGUCCCAAACUCCGCUUUCCUCCAAGGGACGCCCGUUGUGCUGGACCAGACCGGAUCCAUCCAAGUAGACCUGUUCAUGAAGACUAAUGUGCCUUUCGUCUUCGCCGCGGGGGACGUGGUCUCCUUCCCUGUGGCCCUCCUGGGCGGCAAAAGCAUCCCUAUCCGGCACUGGCAGGUCGCCCAGGCCCACGGUCAUGUGGCCGCCCUGAACAUUUUGGGGCAGCAGAAGGAGCUCCAGACGGUCCCUUUCUUCUGGACCCGCAUCCAAGGCAAGACCAUCCGCUACGCAGGCUGCGGCAUGGGCUACACAGAGACUGUAUUGAAAGGCAGCCUGGAGCAGGAGCGCUUCCUCCUUUUCUAUCUCAGGGAAGGAUUUGUGACGGCCGCGGCCAGCCUGAACUUUGAUCCGGCGGUGGCCUCGCUGGCCGAGGUCCUACUCUCCGGACGGAGGAUCUCCAAGCAGGAGGCCGAGUCAAUGGAGAAGUGAAACCCUUCUGGCCGGAGAACGGGCCUGGGACCACCCACCACAUCGGUUUCUACUAACAUGAAAUGAAUUAAAAGCUAUGGGACCAAACGGA